UGGAAUGUGUGUAUGAAUGGAGAAAGGAUUUGAAUGGAUUUGAAUGUGCUGCACAUUCCACGAUACACCCUUGUGGACCCUCACCACUACCACCAUUCACUUCCAUGGAAUCCAAUGAACUUAUCAGAAGUAACAAUUCACAAGUAUUUUUCUUCCUCAAGAAUAUCUGUUCUUCAGAGUUGCGGAAAGUCCCCUUGAUACCUUGUUACCUUCAAACUUUUCUUCAGAGUUGCAGAGUUUCCCCUUCAUCCCUUGUUACCUACAAACACAAACAUGGCUGGUUUUGUCGGAGAAGCUAUUUUGUCUGGUUUCAUCCAGAAGCUGGUUGACAUGGUCACCUCCCCCGAGCUGUGGAAGUAUGCACGUAAAGAGCAAGUUGAUUCUGAGCUGAAAAGGUGGAAGAAUAUAUUGAUAAAGAUCUAUGUAGUGCUCAAUGACGCAGAGGAGAAGCAGAUGACAAACCCUCUGGUCAAAAUAUGGCUGGACGAGCUUAGAGACUUGGCUUACGAUGUGGAGGACAUCUUGGACGACUUCGCCACCGAAGCUUUGCGAAGCAGCUUGAUCAUGGCUCAACCCCAACAAGGCACUAGUAAGGUACGAGGCAUGCUCUCUUCUCUCAUUCCGAGUGCUUCUACGUCUAAUUCUAGUAUGCGUUCCAAGAUUGAGGAGAUCACUGCAAGAUUAAAAGAUAUUUCAGCCCAAAAGAAUGACCUGGAUUUACGAGAGAUUGAAGGAGGGUGGUCUGAUAGAAAGAGAAAGCGAGCACAGAUUCUGCCCACCACUUCUCUGGUGGUUGAAUCCGAUGUUUAUGGUAGGGAAACAGAUAAAGCGGCCAUUGUUGACAUGUUACUCAAGCACGAUCCAAGUAGUGAUGAUGAAGUCUCCGUAAUUCCAAUUGUCGGUAUGGGAGGUAUCGGCAAAACUACUCUGGCUCAGCUUGUCUUCAAUGAUGAUGAAGUGAAGGGCCGUUUUGAUUUGAGAGCAUGGGUCUGUGUUUCUGAUUACUUUGAUGUUUUGAGAAUAACCAAGAUCAUUCUACAAUCCGUUGAUUCGGAUACUCGUGAUGUCAAUGAUCUCAAUUUGCUUCAGGUCAAAUUGAAGGAGAAAUUUUCUGGGAAGAAGUUUCUUCUUGUGCUAGACGAUGUUUGGAAUGAGAAUUGUCAUGAAUGGGAUACUUUGUGCAUGCCAAUGAGAGCUGGGGCAGCCGGUAGUAAACUCAUCGUGACAACCCGUAAUGAAGGUGUCGCAGCAGUUACCAGAACUUGUCCAGCUUAUCCCCUAGGGGAGUUAUCAAACAACGAUUGUUUGUCUUUAUUCACUCAGCAAGCAUUGAGGACAAGAAACUUUGAUGCCCAUCCACACUUGAAAGAAGUUGGUGAGGAAAUAGUGAGAAGGUGCAAAGGCUUGCCUUUGGCUGCGAAGGCACUUGGUGGCAUGUUGCGCAACCAACUAAGUCGCGAUGCAUGGGCAAAUAUAUUAACAAGCAGGAUAUGGGAUUUACCGGAAGAUAAAAGCCCCAUCCUUCCCGCUCUCAUGAUAAGCUACCAUCAUCUCCCUUCUCAUUUGAAGUGGUGUUUUGCAUAUUGCUCCAUGUUUCCAAAGGACUAUGAAUUCAACAAGGAUGACUUAGUCCUCUUAUGGAUGGCAGAAGGCUUUUUGCAGAAAACGAAGGAGGCAGCUAGGCCGGAAGACUUGGGUUCUAAAUACUUCGAUGAUUUGUUCUCCAGGUCAUUUUUUCAACAUUCAGGUCCAUAUUCAGCCCGAUAUGUGAUGCAUGAUCUCAUCAAUGAUCUAGCUCAGUCAGUUGCAGGAGAAAUAUAUUUUCAUUUGGACAGUGCAUGGGAGAAUAACAAACAAUCCACCAUUUCUGAGAAGACUCGUCAUUCAUCAUUCAACCGUCAAGAGUAUGAGACACAGAGAAAAUUUGAACCCUUUCACAAGGUGAAGUGUUUGAGAACAUUGGUUGCACUACCCAUGGACCACCUAGUUUUUGACCGUGACUUCAUAUCAAGUAUGGUGUUAGAUGACCUUUUAAAGGAAGUGAAAUAUUUACGGGUAUUAUCUUUAAGUGGCUACGAAAUAUAUGAGUUACCGGAUUCAAUCGGCAAUCUUAAAUAUUUGCGGUAUCUCAAUUUGUCCAAGUCUUCUAUAAGAAGGUUACCUGAUUCAGUAUGCCAUCUUUACAACUUACAAGCACUGAUAUUAUCUUAUUGCAAAGACCUUACGAUGUUGCCUAUGGGAAUUGGAAACCUAAUCAACCUUCGCCACCUUCAUAUCUUUGACACACGGAAUUUACAAGAAAUGCCUUCUCAAAUUGGAAAUCUAACAAAUUUGCAGACAUUAUCUAAGUUUAUUGUGGGCCAAAGUAACAGCUUGGGAUUAAGAGAAUUGAAGAAUUUGUUUGAUCUUCGAGGAGAGCUUUCAAUUUUGGGGUUGCACAAUGUGAUGAAUAUUCGAGAUGGAAGGGAUGCCAAUUUAGAGAGUAAGCCUGGCAUCGAGGAGUUAACAAUGAAAUGGAGUUAUGACUUUGGUGCUUCACGAAAUGAAAUGCAUGAGAGGCAUGUUUUGGAGCAGCUACGACCUCAUAGAAAUCUGAAAAGGCUCACAAUUGUAUCUUACGGUGGAUCAGGAUUCCCAAGUUGGAUGAAGGACCCAUCAUUCCCAAUAAUGACACACUUAAUUCUCAGGGACUGCAACAGAUGCAAAUCAUUACCAGCUCUGGGCCAAUUAUCCUCACUCAAAGUCUUGCAUAUUGAACAGUUGAACGGAGUUAGCAGCAUAGAUGAGGGGUUUUAUGGAGGGAUUGUGAAGCCUUUUCCAUCCUUGAAGAUUCUAAGGUUUGUGGAAAUGGCAGAAUGGGAAUACUGGUUUUGUCCUGAUGCAGUUAACGAAGGUGAAUUAUUUCCAUGUCUUCGAGAGCUUACAAUAAGUGGUUGUUCGAAGUUACGUAAAUUAUUGCCUAAUUGCCUGCCUUCCCAAGUGCAACUUAACAUCUCUGGUUGUCCAAAUUUGGUAUUUGCUUCUUCAAGAUUUGCAUCUCUUGAUAAAGUAAGUUUAGUAGUAUGUUAUGAGAUGGUGUCCAUAAGAGGGGUUCUCGGAGGUCUUUAUGCAGUUAUGAGAUGGAGUGAUUGGCUUGUUUUGUUGGAGGAGCAAAGGCUGCCUUGCAAUCUUAAAAUGUUGAGUAUACAAGGCGAUGCUAAUCUGGAGAAGCUGCUUAAUGGAUUGCAAACUCUCACGUGUCUUAAACAGUUGGAAAUAAGGGGAUGCCCUAAACUAGAGUCAUUUCCAGAGAGGGGGCUGCCACCAAUGCUAAGAAGCCUUAAGGUGAUUGGUUGUCAGAAUCUAAAACGGUUGCCUCAUAACUACAACUCAUGUGCCCUUGAAUUCUUGGACAUUACUAGCUGUCCAUCUCUCAGAUGCUUUCCAAAUUGUGAGCUGCCAACCACACUCAAGAGUAUAUGGAUUGAAGAUUGUAAAAAUCUAGAGUCUUUACCAGAGGGAAUGAUGCACCACGAUUCCACUUGUUGUCUUGAAGAGCUGAAAAUAAAGGGAUGCUCCAGACUGGAGUCAUUUCCCGAUACGGGGUUGCCACCAUUGCUAAGACGACUUGUGGUGAGUGAUUGCAAGGGUCUAAAAUUGCUGCCUCAUAACUACAGCUCAUGUGCCCUUGAAUCCUUGGAGAUUAGAUAUUGUCCAUCUCUCCGAUGCUUUCCAAAUGGUGAGCUACCAACCACACUCAAGAGUAUAUGGAUUGAAGAUUGUAGAAAUCUAGAGUCUUUACCAGAGGGAAUGAUGCACCACAAUUCCACUUGUUGUCUUGAAGAGCUGAAAAUAAAGGGAUGCCCCAGACUGGAGUCAUUUCCCGAUACGGGGUUGCCACCAUUGCUAAGACGACUUGUGGUGAGUGAUUGCAAGGGUCUAAAAUUGCUGCCUCAUAACUACAGCUCAUGUGCCCUUGAAUCCUUGGAGAUUAGAUACUGUCCAUCUCUCCGAUGCUUUCCAAAUGGUGAGCUACCAACCACACUCAAGAGUGUAUGGAUUGAAGAUUGUAAAAAUCUAGAGUCUUUACCAAAGGGAAUGAUGCAUCACAAUUCCACUUGUUGUCUUGAAAUAUUGACGAUAAGGAAGUGUUCAUCUCUCAAGUCCUUUUCAACAAGGGAGUUACCCUCCACCCUUAAGAAACUUGAGAUUUACUGGUGCCCCGAAUUGGAGUCCAUGUCAGAGAACAUGUGCCCCAACAAUUCAGCUCUUGACAAUUUAGUCCUUGAGGGUUAUCCAAAUCUGAAAAUCCUACCAGAAUGCCUUCCCAGCCUCAAGAGUCUCCGAAUAAUUAAUUGUGAAGGUCUGGAGUGCUUUCCAGCAAGAGGCUUGUCCACCCCCACUCUCACAGAACUUUAUAUCUCUGCAUGUCAGAAUCUGAAAUCCCUGCCACAUCAAAUGAGAGACCUCAAAUCUCUUAGAGAUCUUACCAUAUCGUUUUGUCCGGGAGUGGAAUCCUUUCCAGAAGAUGGUAUGCCCCCCAAUCUGAUAUCACUUCACAUUCGUUACUGUAAGAAUCUGAAAAAGCCCAUAUCAGCGUUCAACACCCUCACCUCUCUUUCGUCAUUGACUAUUCGGGAUGUGUUUCCAGAUGCGGUUUCCUUUCCGGAUGAAGAGUGUCUUCUUCCCAUAUCUCUCACCUCCCUCAUAAUCGCUGAAAUGGAAUCCCUAGCCUACCUGUCUCUCCAAAAUCUCAUCUCUCUUCAAUCCCUAGAUGUGACAACUUGCCCUAACCUCCGAUCCUUAGGGUCGAUGCCAGCGACACUUGAAAAACUUAACAUUAAUGCUUGUCCUAUACUAAAAGAAAGGUACUCGAAGGAGAAAGGAGAAUAUUGGCCCAACAUCGCUCACAUUCCAUACAUUGAAAUAGAUGGGGUAUAUAUGCAUUGAAGUAUAAUAAGUUGAGAGUGAAAUGCAGUUUGUGGGUUGUGGAAAAGAAACAGAAGCAGAUACGCAUUCAACCCCCAGCCCUUACAGAUGGGUCCUGCUUGACAGAAAUGUUCCAUUCCCUCGAUGAAUAGGUGAUUGCAGCCACUAGCCAAGCAAUGAAAGCCAACAAAUAGAUGUAGGAAGGGGGUAAAUGAUGAAGAUCAAAUGAAAAUUUUCCUAAUCAUAGCUGCAGCCUAUUCUCAUGCUGUUUGAUCUGAAGAAGAUAGGAGUUGGCAAUAAAACCUUCUGGUUGACUUUGUAUAUGAAUUACGGUAUCUCAAGAAAGGUGUCCAUGUAUUGGUUGGUCCCUUAACCUCCAGUUAUUAGGGCUGCCAGCAGUAUUUAGAAGGCUUAUGACAGGCUGUCUUAUUCUAAAACAAAGGUGCAUAAAGGAGAAAGGGGAGUGCUGGCCCAACAUUGUCCAUCUCCCCUGCAUGGAUAUUAACUGUGAUAACUUGAGAUGGAAGGUCAUUUCUCUAUGCUCAAACUUAGAAGGAAAAUUCAUUCAACCCUAUCCCACCCUUACUUUAAUCAGGUAUGACCAUUCAUAUUAUCAAUGCAGUUUUAUUUGAAUUCUAUUUUUCCCACUCAGAAAGAGAGAAGAAAAAGCAAACAGAAAGAAAGAAAUCAAAGACCGCAGUCCCCUCCUUAUAUCAAUUAUUAGAUUUGCCUGUCCAUACACAAUGCAUAACUCCCAAUGCCAUUUACUGUUAGAUAAUUUAGAAAUUUCUUGGUUACACGAAAGCAAUGCCGAUGAAAUCUGAGGUUUCUUAAUCAUAAUUUUGUCCUUUUUCGUAUGUUCUCGAAUCUUGAUCCCAAUAGCCAGAUGAUUGGUUUUUAAUUUUUAUUUUUUUUGGAUAUGCUUAAUUUUUGUUUCAAGUAUUCUUCUACCAGCACUGCAAUCCCUUCUUAAUUUAUGAUGGGAUUUUUCACUAAUGGUUCGGUGGCCAUGAAGUAGUUUUUUAUUACAGUUGUGGCUAGAUAUUUCUUUUCAUAUAUAUAUAUAUAUAUAUAUUGCUCUUAUCUUCCUUUCCACACAUGCACAUAAUUUUUCAAGAGUAAAGAGCCUUGGCAGAUCUAUCAUUUUUUACAGUGCUUUGGACCCUUUCUGUGGCCAAGAAAUGCAGUUUCAUAUCUCACUCUGGUAUACUACAGUUGUGGCUAGAUAUUUCUUUUCAUGUAUACAUAUAUAUUCAUGUUGCUCUUAUCUUCCUUUCCACUCAUGCACAUAAUUUUUCAAGAGUAAAGAGCCUUGGCAGAUCUAUCAUUUUUUGCAGUACUUUGGACACUUUCUUCAGCCAAGAAAUGCAGUUUCAUGUCUCACUCUGGUCAGACACUUUUUGUUCAUAUAGUUUCUUUAUAGAAUUUACCCUUUUCAAGUACAUGGUAACACACAAAGCCUUAAAUAUGUUUCUUAGUUAUUCACUGAAUGCAUAUGCUAUUUUGAGAAAAUGACAAUCAUUGAAGGCUUAAGCUUAGGUGCCUUUUGCCGAAGGAAGGGCUGUUAGUAGCCACACUUCUGAAUCUAGAAAUUCAGGGCUUUGCCCUUUGAUGGUCGAAGUUGAGAGGAUUAACCCAAAAUAGUGCACAUCCCAACUUAGGGAUAGCUUUUCUUCUAAGAACACUUUUUUUUUUAAUUUUAUUUUUAUACCCAAAAUAGUGCACAUCCCAGUUUAGGGAUAGCUUUUCAUGUAUGAACACAUUUCUUUUGAAUUUUAUUUUAAUAUCACAAAAAUGGAAUCAGAUACCAUCUCAUCACAAAAGACAACUCUUAUGGACUUGAUACAAGCUUCUACCUUGAUACUUGAAAAGGUGAAACAUAAAUUUUUUCCUUUGAUACCAUUGAAAUUCUCUUGCAAUGCCUUCUAGCUCAGUGAGGCUUCCAUUGGGUCGUGGUGUUGGCGGUCCAUUUCCAUAUUCAUUGCCUUUUCAGAUGACGAAUUUCUGUCUCUACAAUUUAUAAUACCUAGCUUCCCUGGUUACCAGAACUUCACUUCUCUUGCAGUGCUGUUCAUCUCAAAUGUCCCAAGCUCAGGUCAUUUUUUCAGAGGAAAUUUCCUAUUGUUAACAAGGUGUCCAAAGGAGAAAGAAGAAGAUUGAUUCAAAACUGCACAGAUCCCCCUGUUCAUCUACUUCAUUGGCUAUAUGAGUUGGAACUAAAUUCUGUUUUCUGUGCACAAAAAGAGAAGAAGAUUCAUUUCUUCCUUCCAUUUUUUCAUGCAGGAGGAAAAGAAGAACAAAGGAAAUGAAUUUAAAAAUUUUCCAACCAAAGCUCAGCCUAUUCAAAGGGUGGUAGGUUAAUGAUGUGAACUGUAGAUGAUGGUUUUUUCUUUGUCUUUUCAAUUAAAUCUAAUAGUUCUCUGCACUGGAGGUUGAUAUGCUUCAUGUUUUAUUUCGUUGUGUUUGUAUGGCCCAAUAAAUUGCAUUUUAAAUGAUCGCUAGAAUUUCAUUGAUGAUUUGAGUAGAGGUGGAUUUGAAAUGCAGUUACUGUGGAAAGUAUAAAGCAAAAUCAAAUAUAAUCAAAUUUAUUCAAAAUUUAUAUAUUUUUUAAAUUCUUCGUUCUUUAUAUAGAGGAUGAAAAGAGCAAUACGUUUUAAGAUGAUUGGAAAUUUUAUUAAGUUUAAUAUUAAGUUUUUUUCAUCAUUUUUCCUUCAAUUUUCCCUCUAUUCUUUUCCCUUUUACUUUCUCUCAAACAUUCCAUGAUCCCAAUAGAGUCUCAUUGUUUUUAAUUUUAGAACUAUCACAAAAAUUGCUCUGAAGAGGAAAGAAGGAUGUGCUUGGAAGUUUUUAGAACAGAACAUAUAUCACACUUAUUAAACAUGAAGCAAUUUAUUCAUUGAGCUGAAACAUAAAUUUCCACUUUUGAUACCAUUGAAUUUCUCUUGCAAUGCCUCUACCCCAGUGAAGCUUCCAUUGGGUCUUAGCAUUGGUGAUUGAUUUCCAUAUUCAUUUCCUUUCCAGAUGACAAAUUUCUGUUUCUGUAAUUUUUAAUGCCUUGCUUCCCUGUUUCUAUAAUUUCUGUUUUUGAUUUAACACUCUGCAGAUCCCCUGUUCAGCUACUUCAUUGGCUAUAUGAGUAGGAAAUAAAUUCUAUUUUCCCUGCACAAAAAAAGAGGCAGAUACCUUUCUUCCUUCCCCUUUUAGGUUUUGGAGGUAGUUUCAGGCAUCUUGGUGCUGGGAUUGCUAAUGAUUGUGAGAGUAGCAGAAUGCGGAAGGGCAAGCAGUGUGGAAUAUCUGGCUAUAAACUGCUGGAAACACAGUGCAGUGCUGACAAACUUUGGAGGAAAUGGUGAUGGAAAAAAGAUGAAAAUCAAGGCCUUUAAGUCUGCAAUUGAUCAUCUCAGUGAGUGUGCUUCAGAUGGAGGAGCAGAGCCCAUUGUGCCUCCUGGGAAAUGGCUAACUGGGAGCUUUAAUCUCACAAGCCAUUUCACUCUUUACGUCCACAAGGAUGCUGUUAUUCUUGGAGGUCAAGUUUGAGUUCUUUUUUUUUUUUCUGAUCUCACAAAUAUCUGGAUGUAGGGGGAAAAGAACAAGGUAGAUGAACUAAAAAAAAUUUCAACUGAAGCUCAGUCUAUUCAAACUGUGAUCAUCAUCGGUUCUGCUUGCCAAGAUGAAAGAGACUCAGUUGACAUUUUAUUACCUUUUGCGGCUUUUUGACUGACAGCACCUCUGUGCUGUUCAACCAUUGCUUAUGAACUCAUUUCUGCAAAACAAAUGCAGGGUGAAAGAGACUUGGUUGACAUUCUAUUACCUUUUGCAUCAUUUUGACCCUUCACAUCACUUCUGUGGAGUUCAAGCAUGGCUUAUGAACUCAUUUGCCCCAAAAUAAAGGCAGUGUAUCCAUCUUUCGACACAUCCUGUGGAGGGGCUAUAAAAUGGUCCUGCCCAUCCUAGAUUCUCAGUUGGUCUUACUGCAUUUUUGGAUUUCUAGUGCCAAGGUCAAUGUUAUAACCUUGUUGAACACUUUUACAUUUGGCUUCAAACUACUCCAAAUUAUUUCUUCUCUUCCACUCAAUGGCACAAAACCAGCAUCUGCAGGUUGAUUCUGGUGCAUCUAUUAUUGUUGCGUCCUCAGCUCCAUCGCAUGAUACUUGGGAAGAAGAGCCUCCUCAGCUGCAUAGUCAUUUGAAUACCUAGAAGGGAGUUGCAACUUGCAAGUCUUGUAAAAUAGCUCGAGAGGUUUUCACAGCACCUCAGACAACACCAUGGGAAGGCCUACUUGGCGAUGUGCUUCUCUCUCAUUUUGUCCAAGACCUAUUGUACACUCCACUGUGCUUGUAGAUGCCUUCACUAUCUACCACUGCACUGCAUUCACAUUGAUGGUUCUAUUAUAAUGCACUUGUAACUGAUCAUGUGUUCCUCCAUUUCUUAAAUUAGUUUUCUCAUUUUUAUUUAGUUUUUUAUACCCGAUUGACAGAAACUUAAAAGGGUUUAUGUAAUGAAACAAUUGAUCGUGAUUCACAAUAAGAAUUAUUCCUCUA